AUGCUUGCGCAUCAUCAUGGCCUGAAAUUUGCGAGCAAUCGCGGAACCGAAAAGCAGCGGUACGAAAGCGGCUCUCCUGAGCGCCUUGGAUAUGCUACACCGCACACCUACGGACCAGGUCCCGUGGAGGAAGAGAUCAUGAAGGAGACUAUCAUCGAGAACCACGAACAGUGGUUCCGCGGAGAAGAGAUAUACCUGGCGGCGCAAGAAUUCCACUCAGCGAGGCUGGAUUACGUGAGGGAGUGCGUCCGGGAGAUCCGAAUGAAGAAGAGACCCCAGCUCUGGAAGAAAGGACCGUAA